AGCUGGGGGAGGGUGGGUGAGAGGGGGGGGGGGGCAGCGGAUCGAUCCUCCAACACCCGCGGGUUGAUGCUUCUGCUUGUUUAUUACGCCGUUUUACUGUCCACACAGUCUGACGCACGUGCAUGCAUUCAGUGGGAAGCUGAGUCGUGCGGCGGCGUGGUCCAAGGCCUGAACGGCACCAUCGAGUCGCCCGGUUUCCCUCACGGCUAUCCCAACUACGCCAACUGCACGUGGCUGAUAAUCACCGGGGAGAGGAACCGCAUCCAGCUGACCUUUGUCACGCUGGCUCUGGAGGAAGACUUUGAUAUUGUGUCAGUUUACGAUGGACAACCGUCGCCUGGAAACCUAAAAAUGAGGUUGUCAGGGUUCAUGCUGCCGUCUCCCAUCGUCAGCAGUGGAUCUAUACUGGCCUUGUGGUUCACCACCGACUUCGCCGUCAGCGCGCAGGGCUUCAGAGCGGUGUACGAAGUCCUGCCCAGCCACACGUGCGGCAGCCCUGGCCUCAUUCCAAACGGAAUCAUCCACGGCUCGCGCUACAACAUGGGGGACAAGAUCCGAUACAGCUGCGAGUCGGGGUUCGUGCUGGAGGGACACAGCAUCCUGACGUGCAUCGUGUCGCCGGGCAGCGGAGCGCAGUGGGACUUCCCCUCGCCGUUCUGUAGAGCCGAGGGAGCGUGUGGCGGCACGUUGCGAGGCACCGCCGGCUCAAUAACCAGCCCCGGCUACCCGGCCGAGUACGACAACAACCUGGACUGCACGUGGUCCAUCCUCGCCGAGCCCGGCGACACCAUAGCCCUCGUCUUCAACGACUUCUUGUUAGAGGACAAAUACGACUUUCUGGAAAUCAGCGGCACGGAGGCGCCGAGCAUAUGGCUGACGGGCACAACCCUGCCGUCGCCGGUGAUAUCGAGUAAGAACUGGCUGCGGAUACAUUUCACCUCAGACAGCAACCACCGAAGGAAAGGAUUCAGCGCUCAGUACCAGGUGAAAAAAGCAAUAGAGUUGAAGUCCAGAGGGGUGAAGAUGAUGCCCAGCAAAGACUCCAGUCAUAAAAAUGCCGUGUUGAGUCAAAGCGGACUUGCUGGCGACGUUUGUCCAGAUCCUGGAAUUCCAGAAAAUGGGAAGAGAAUGGGCUCCGCUUUCCAGGUUGGCUCAAGUGUCCAGUUCAGCUGUGAUGACAGCUAUGUACUUCAGGGAUCUAAAAGUAUCACCUGUCAACGAGUCACCGACACACUGGCUGCAUGGAGUGACCACAGACCCAUCUGCAGAACUCGUACCUGUGGCAGUAACCUGCGGGGGCCCAGAGGUAUCAUAACUUCUCCUAACUACCCUGUUCAGUAUGAGAACAACGCACACUGUGUGUGGGUCAUCACUGCAAUGGACUCGGGGAAGGUAAUAAAGCUGUCAUUUGAAGAGUUUGACCUGGAAAGAGGCUAUGACACUUUGACAGUAGGAGAUGGAGGGAAGAUAGGUGACACCCGGAGGGUACUCUACGUGCUCACUGGAUCCAGUGUCCCUGACCUCAUUGUUAGCUUGUCCAGCCAGAUGUGGUUACAUCUGCAGUCAGACGAUACAAUCGGCUCAGCCGGGUUCAAGGCAGUUUAUGAAGAGAUCGAGCGGGGCGGCUGUGGGGAUCCCGGGGUCCCGGCAUUUGGUCGCCGCAGCGGCGAUGGCUUUCAGCACGGUGACGUGUUGACCUUCUUUUGCCAGUCAGCCUUUGAACUCGUAGGAGAGAGGACUAUCACAUGUCAGCACAAUAACCAGUGGUCUGGAAAUAAACCCAGCUGCGUCUUUUCAUGUUUCUUCAACUUCACGGCUCCAUCAGGGACUAUACUGUCCCCCAACUACCCAGAGGAGUAUGGGAACAACAUGAACUGUGUGUGGCUGAUUAUCUCUGAGCCAGGAAGCCGCAUUCAUCUUCUUUUCUCUGACUUUGACUUGGAGCCACAGUUCGAUUGGUUGGUGGUCAAAGAUGAAGGUCUGUCUGAGCCGACAACAUUUGGGACGUUCUCAGGAAAAGAUGUUCCAUCACAGAUUGCCUCAAAUGGACACAUCAUGAGAUUGGAAUUUCAAUCUGAUCAUUCAAAUACUGGCAAAGGCUUCAAUAUCAGCUAUACCACAUUUGGGCAGAAUGAAUGUCAUGACCCAGGAGUUCCUGUCAAUGGUCAGAGAUACGGUGACCAGUUUCAACUGGGCAGUUCUGUGGCCUUUCGUUGUGACCAAGGAUUUAUUAGGACACAGGGGUCAGAUCAGGUCACAUGCAUCAUCCAGGAUGGAAAUGUUGUUUGGUCUGCAGCUGUGCCUCGCUGUGAAGCCCCUUGUGGAGGCCAUCUCACAGCUCCUACUGGUGUUCUGCUGUCUCCUGGCUGGCCCUCCUUUUAUAAAGACUCUCUAAACUGCCAGUGGGUCAUUGAAGCACAAGCAGACCAUGCUGUGAAAAUACACUUUGACAGGUUCCAGACAGAGGUCAACUAUGACACCCUGGAAAUCAGGGAUGGCCCCUCAGCCUCCUCUCCCUUGAUUGGCGAAUAUCACGGCACUCAAGCACCUCAUUUCCUGAUUUCCACAUCCAACUUCCUGUUCCUGUUAUUCACUACAGACAACAGCCGCUCUGCAGCAGGCUUCAGCAUCAGAUAUGAAAGUGUGAAAAUGGAGUCAGACUCUUGUCUUGAUCCUGGGAUCCCAGUCAAUGGUCGUCGUCAUGGCAGCAGCUUUUCAAUCAGCUCCCGUGUCUCAUUUACAUGUGACCCAGGGUACACGCUAAGUGAUCAGGAGCCAAUCGUCUGCGAGCAGAAUCAUCAGUGGAGUCAUGCUCUGCCCAGUUGCGAUGCUCUUUGUGGAGGCUAUGUUUAUGGUAAAACAGGGACUAUUCUGUCUCCUGGCUUUCCUGACUUCUAUCCCAAUUCCCUGAACUGCACCUGGACCAUAGAGGUUUCCCACGGUAAAGGGGUCCAUCUGGUUUUCCACACCUUCCACUUGGAGGAGAACCACGACUACUUGUCCAUCACUGAAGACGGGAAUUUCCAGGUCCCAGUAUCGCGACUCACUGGCUCAGUGCUGCCUCCUAGUGUCAAAGCAGGAUUGUACGGGAACUUCAGCGCUCAGCUGCGAUUCAUAUCGGAUUUUUCCAUGAGCUACGAAGGCUUUAAUAUCACUUUCUCAGAGUACGACUUAGAGCCGUGCGAGGACCCUGGCGUGCCAGCGUUCAGCAGGAGGACGGGAUUCAGGUUUCGCGUUGGCGAUUCGCUGGCUUUCUCCUGUUUCCAUGGCUACCGACUUGAAGGAGACAGCAAGAUCACAUGUCUGGGCGGGGGCAGGCGGGUCUGGAGCAACUCGCUACCGCGAUGUAUAGCUGAGUGCGGCGCCUCAUCACUGGGACCAGAAGGCAUCCUCCUUUCUCCAAACUUUCCCUCUAACUACGAUAACAACCAUGAGUGCAUCUAUCGCAUCACUACCGAAAAGGGCAAAGGAAUCAGGCUGAAAGCUGAGAGCUUCUUGUUGCAGGACGGAGACUAUCUCAAGGUGUACGAUGGAGAGAACACUUCAUCUCGUCUGCUUGGCAAUUUCACCCGUGAUGUAAUGAUGGGCAACGUCAUCAAUAGUACAUCUAAUCACUUAUGGCUGGAGUUCAACAGCAACGCCUCUGGAACCAAUCAGGGCUUUCGCCUCACAUACUCAAGUUUUGACCUAAUACGCUGUGAGGAACCAGGUGUGCCUAGUUAUGGCUAUAAGAUCCAGGACGACGGUCAUUACGCCAACACUUUCGUCCUGUACGCCUGCAAUCCUGGAUACAGUCUCCAUGGCAGCAGCACGCUGACCUGUCUCAGUGGGGACCGGCGAGUCUGGGACAAACCUCUUCCUUCUUGUAUCGCGGAGUGUGGAGGUCACAUAACUGGAGCGGUGUCUGGACGCAUUCUGUCUCCAGGAUAUCCGGCUCCGUACGACAACAACCUUCACUGCACCUGGACUAUAGAGGCUGAUACAGGCAAGACUAUCAGCCUGCACUUCAUCGUCUUCGACACCGAGGUCGGCCACGAUAUCCUGAGAGUGUGGGACGGUCCAUCCGGGCCGUCGGACGGGGGGAUUCUUUUGAAGGAGUGGUCCGGCCAGGCCUUACCCGAGGACAUCCAUUCCACCUUCAACAUCCUCACGCUGCAGUUCGACUCGGACUAUUUCAUCAGCAAACAGGGAUUCUCCAUACAGUUCUCCACCACUACAGCCACGACCUGCAACGACCCAGGCAUUCCCGUGAAUGGCUCGCGAUACGGGGACAGCAAGGAGCCUGGUGACAGCAUGACGUUUCAGUGCGACCCAGGCUACCAGCUGCAAGGCCAGGACACCAUCACCUGUGUGCGCAUGGAUAACAGAUUCUACUGGCAGCCCGACCCUCCGACGUGUGUAGCGACCUGUGGUGGUAACGUCAGCGGCCCUUCUGGCGUCAUCUUGUCCCCGAACUACCCCCAGCCCUACCCCCCAGGGAAGGAGUGUGAUUGGAGAGUCAGAGUCAGCCCUGACUUUGUCAUUGCCCUCAUCUUCAAAAGUUUCAACAUGGAGCCGAGCUACGACUUCUUGCACAUCUACGAAGGUGAAGACUCUAAUGGGCCUUUACUCGCAAGUCUCCAAGGCAACCAGGCGCCAGAGCGGAUGGAGAGCAGCGGUAACAGCCUCUUCCUGGCGUUUAGGUCUGACGCCUCACUGGGCAUGUCCGGGUUUGCGAUCGAAUAUAGAGAGAAACCGAGAGAGGCCUGUUUUGACCCUGGUAACGUCAUGAACGCCAGUCGGACCGGUUACGACUAUAAGCUGGGAUCCCAGGUCUCCUACAGCUGUCACCUUGGAUACACAACCGUUGGUGGUGAUACAGUCACCUGUAUUAUGGGGCAUGAUGGGAAGCCAGUGUGGGACAAGACCCUGCCAUCAUGUAAAGCUCCGUGCGGAGGACAGUACGGUGGAGCUGAAGGAGUUGUUUUGUCUCCAAACUAUCCUCUGAACUACACUACGAGACAGACUUGCACCUAUUACAUCACUGUGUCCCCACAGUUUGUGGUGUUCGGUCAGUUCGCUGUUUUCCAGACGGCAAUGAAUGAUUCGGUGGAGCUGUUCGACGGGGCCAACGAAAACGCUCGAUUGCUCAGCUCUCUGGCCGGAUCGCAUUCAGGAGAGACAUUGCCAUUGGCAACUUCCAAUCAGAUCAUGCUGCGGUUCAAUGCCAAGAGUGGCCAGUCAGCCAGAGGCUUCCACUUCGUCUACCAAGCUGUGCCUCGCACCAGCGACAGCCAGUGCAGCUCCGUGCCAGAGCCGCGCUACGGCAGGCGGAUCGGGUCAGAGUUCUCCGCCGGCUCCGUGGUUCGAUUUGAGUGCAGUCCAGGAUAUCUGCUGAAGGGAUCCAGCGCUAUCCACUGCCAGGCUGUGCCGGGUGCCCUCGCUCAGUGGAACGCAACAACACCGACCUGCGUUGUUCCCUGCAGUGGCAAUCUGACGGAACGCCGUGGUACUAUACUGUCUCCUGCCUAUCCUGAGCCCUACCCAAACAGCCUCAACUGCCUGUGGAGGAUCCACGUCAGUGAAGGAGCUGGGAUCCAGAUCCAAGUGAUAACAUUUGCCACGGAGCACAACUGGGACUCCCUGGAGAUCUAUGAUGGAGGAGACAUGACAGCUCCUAAAUUAGGGUCAUUUUCUGGUACUACAGCCCCUGCCCUGCUCAACUCCACAUCCAAUCAGCUUCUCCUGCACUUCCAGAGCGACAUAAGUGUGGUGGCGGCGGGAUUUCACCUGGAAUACAAGACGGUCGGUCUCACCACCUGCCCUGAGCCAAUGAUCCCAGCCAAUGGCAUCAAAGCUGGAGACAGAUAUAUGGUCAAUGAGGUGGUGGCGUUCACCUGUGAACCAGGAUACACGUUGCAGGGCCACUCUCACAUUUCCUGCAUGCCUGGGACUGUGCGUCGAUGGAACUACCCACCUCCUCUUUGCAUAGCUCGUUGUGGCGGGGUGUUGUCUGAGAUGAGUGGUGUCAUCCUUAGCCCAGGUUUCCCUGGCAACUAUCCCGGCAACCUAGACUGCACCUGGCAAAUUACGCUGCCAACUGGAUACGGAGCACAUAUUCAGUUCCAGAACUUCUCCUCUGAAGACAACCAUGACUUUUUGGAGGUCAGAGCUGGACCUCAACACAGCUCAGCACUGAUUGGACAGUUCACCGGCUCACAGAUCCCCCUCCCUUUACUGAGCACCACCCACCUGACCGUCAUCCAUUUCUACAGCGACCACUCAGAGAACAGGCCGGGGUUCAAACUCUCCUACCAGGCAUAUCAGCUACAAAACUGUCAGGACCCUUUUCCUUUUCCCAACGGUGACAUCAUAAACAGUGACUACAGCGCUGGCCAGUCCAUAACUUUUCAGUGCUACCCUGGUUAUGUUUUGGUCGGACAUCCAGUAUUAACGUGUCUGUACGGAGCCAACCGCAAGUGGAAUCACCCUUUUCCCCACUGUGAAGCUCCUUGUGGCUAUAAUGUCACGGCUGAAAAUGGAACCAUCUAUUCACCUCAGUACCCCAGUGAGUACCCCAACUCCCAGGACUGUAGCUGGCUCAUCACUGUUCCCCACGGACACGGGGUUUAUAUCAACUUUACCCUGCUGCAGACGGAGCCUGUCACUGAUUACAUCGCUGUCUGGGACGGGCCGGACACGUCCAGCCCUCAGCUGGGAGUCUUCAGCGGCAACACAGCGCUGGAGUCAGCCUACAGCACCAGCCCCAACGUCCUGAUCCGCUUCCACUCCGACUUUUCCACCGGAGGGUUCUUCAUUCUCAACUUCCAUGCUUAUCGUCUGAAGAAAUGCCCUCCUCCCCCUGCAGUGGAGAAUGCAGAGGUGAUCUAUGAAGAUGAAGACUUCCAGAUCGGUGAUAUUGUAAAGUACCGCUGUCUACCUGGAUACACUUUGGUCGGAAAAGCCGAGCUGAUGUGCAAACUCAACUCCCAUUUACUAUUUGAAGCCCCACCUCCAAGCUGUCAAGCCCAGUGCCCAGCCAACGAGGAGCGGUCUUCAUCAUCGGGGGUCAUACUAAGCCCCGGCUUCCCCAGCAACUACCCCAACAGUCAGACAUGUUCCUGGCUUUUACGGAUGAUUCCAGGUACAGGCUACACUAUCAGCAUCUAUGUUGAGAUGUUCCACAGCGAGAAGCAGUUUGAUGAACUGGAAAUUUUUGAUGGAUCCUCGGGGCAGAGCCCUUUGCUCGUUGCGCUGAGUGGAAACCACUCCUCUCAGCUGAACUUCACGUCAAAGACCAACCUGCUGUAUCUCCGAUGGUCCACUGACCACGCCACCAACAAGAGAGGAUUCAAGAUAAGAUACUCAGCCGUGUACUGUAGCAUCAAUGACCCUCCAGCUAACGGAGGGGUGGUGAACCGGACCAAGCUCCGUCCAGGUAGCCGGCUGCAGUACUUCUGUAACCGUGGUUACCGCCUGGUAGGCUCCAGCAACGCCACCUGCAGACUCCACUCCAAUGGGCUUUACCAGUGGGACACGCCACCACCUUUUUGUCAAGCCGUCUCGUGUGGAAUCCCUCCGUCGCCGGGCAACGGCAGCUUUCAUGCCUACCAGUACACAGUUGGCAGCCAGGUCACCUACCACUGUAACCAUGGCUACCAUCUCGAUACCGACGUUCCAAUGACAGCGAUGUGUUUGGAAGAUGCCACCUGGAAUAACGCUGCCUCACCCCCGAGAUGUUUACCGGUCCACUGCCCGAGCGUGGAGGGGACGCCGUCGGAGCACUUGACCCACCGCCUGCUGUCUGGUAGGCUGGGAGAGUUUGGUUCUAGGAUGAUGCUGGAGUGUGCGACGGGCUACUAUUUAGGUGCUGGUCACCGGACUCUUCGUUGCCUUGCCAACGGGACCUGGGAGGGGUCAGAUGAUCCAGCCACGUGCAAGAUCAUCUCGUGCGGCGAGCUGCCUUCUCCACCCUUUGGCACCAAACUGGGGACGCUGACCACAUUUGGAGCCACUGCCAUCUUUAUGUGUAACCAUGGUUACACUCUGGUGGGGUCACAUGUCAGAGAGUGCAGCGCUAAUGGGCUGUGGAGCGGAAUGGAGACCAGGUGUCUAGCCGGCCACUGCGGCUCUCCAGAUCCUAUAGUCAAUGGCCACAUUAGUGGAGAUGGCUCCAGCUAUCGAGACACUGUGGUGUACCAGUGCAUGUUAGGAUAUCGACUAAUUGGAACAUCAGUCAGAAUCUGUCAGCAGGACCAUCGGUGGUCUGGAGCAACACCCGUCUGUGUCCCCAUCACAUGCGGUCACCCGGGCAACCCGGCGCACGGACGCACCAACGGUACCGAGUUCAACCUCAAUGACGUCGUCAACUUCACCUGCAACAGGGGUUACGUCCUGAGCGGGAACGCUCGCGCACAGUGUCGGCUCAACGGGCAGUGGAGCAGCCCGCUGCCUGUCUGCAAAGUGGUGAACUGUUCGGACCCAGGCCACGUGGAGAACGGCGUGCGCCAGUCUGGUCUGCGCUUCCCAGAGGUCUUCAGCUACGGCGUAACUGUGGCGAUCCAUUGUAAGCGAGGUUUCUACCUGCUGGGCUCGGCUCUGCUCACGUGCCAGCACGACGCGCGCUGGGACCGGCCGAUACCUCGCUGCCUUCCUAUUUCCUGUGGUGACCCCAGCGUUCCCCCUAACGCCGCCGUGUCCGGGGGCCACAGCUGGACGUACGGCUCCGUGCUGCAGUACUCUUGUCUUCCUGGAGGGGUGCUGGUGGGCAACUCCACCCGGCAUUGUCAGGAAGAUGGCACGUGGAGUGGAGUACCACCUUACUGCACUGGUGUGAGUCCAGGAAUCUGUGGAGACCCAGGGAUCCCUCCCCACGGCACCCGACUAGGAGGCGAAGAGUUUAAAACCAAGAGCCUGCUGCGCUUCAGCUGCGAGGCGGGAUACAGCCUGAUGGGCGCGGCCGAGAGGACCUGCCUGCACAACAGCACCUGGAGCGGCAUGCAGCCAGUGUGUCAGGCUGUAUCCUGUGGUAACCCUGGCACCCCGGCACACGGCAGAAUUGUCUUCAGCGACGGCAUCACAUUCGGCAGCUCGGUGGCUUACGCAUGCUGGGAAGGCUUCAAGACAUCGGGCCUGACUACCAGACACUGCACGACGAAUGGGACAUGGACGGGACAGCCCCCAGACUGCACCGUGAUCAGUUGUGGGGAUCCUGGGCCUGUAGCGAACGGGAUCUACCUGGGAAGUGAGUUCACCUUCAACCACACUGUGACCUAUCGCUGUAACCCCGGUCACCUGAUGGAACCACUGGGCCGCAGCGUUCUGCGCUGCACUAAAGAUGGGACCUGGAAUCAAACCAAACCCAGCUGUAAAGUGAUCCAGUGUGGCCCUCCUCUUCAAAUACCUCAUGGGAAAGUGGAGGGGACUGACUAUUCCUGGGGGUCCAGCGUAAGCUACACUUGUUUCCAUGGUUACCAGUUGUCCGCUCCUGCUGUGUUGACCUGCGAGGGGAACGGGACGUGGACAGGAGACGUGCCACAGUGUAUGCCUGGUUUGUGUGGUGAUCCUGGAUCUCCUGGAGAAGGAUUCAGAGAGGGGAACAUCUUUUCCUACCGGUCAGAGGUCAGGUUCUACUGCCACACCCCCUAUUUGCUGGUAGGCUCUGCCUCCAGGGUCUGCCAAGCUGAUGGGACGUGGAGCGGCCAACAACCAGCCUGUAUAGACCCAGCCUUUAACACCUGUCGUGACCCAGGAACUCCAGCGUACGGUGUCCCAGUGAUGGCUCAGGGUUUCCAGGUUGGCAGUAAGAUUUCCUUCAAGUGCCGCAAGAACUACCACAUCCUCGGUUCGACCACGAGAACGUGCCUAGAAAACCUCACCUGGAGUGGAACACAACCCGAGUGCAUUGCUCAUUCGUGCAGGCAGCCAGAGACACCCACCAACGUCGAUGUUCGAUCUAUGGACUUGCCAACGCUGGGAUAUACCCUGAUCUACACCUGCCAGGAGGGCUUUUAUCUCGCGGGGGGAUCGGAGCACAGAACCUGUAAAAUUGAUGGGAGAUGGUCCGGCAAACCUCCGCUCUGUAAAGUUGGAGUCAAAGUCAAUCCCAAAGGCAGAGGAGAGUCAGGCGUCCAGAAGAACAAGAUUCGGGUGCCUGUGGACGUGUUCUCCCCCAACUCGGAGUGGAGCGGCUUCUAUGAGUACCUGGGGAAGCGACAGGCCACCACCUUUACAGUUAUUGGGUUUAAUGCCACCAGCGGCAGAGUCAACGUCACGUUACUGGAGACCAGCGGAGUCUCAAUACGGCUGUCAGGUACCUACAAGUCGGAGGAGAACCAGCUGCUGCUGAAGGUUUACCAGGUGAAGGGGCCCACAGAGCAUUACUACAGCAAGUUUAAGAACGACAACUGGGCCAUGGAAGGAUACGUUACUGCAGAAUCAGACCAGAAGAGCUUCGUCUACCAGGGGCACAUUCACAGUAAAGACUUUGGCAAGUUCUACGUGACGAGGCAAGGCCCUGUAACCAUGGCGAUGGACCCGUCCAAUCCCUACACAAACAGCAGCUCCGUGGCAGCGGCCAUCUUGGUUCCUUUCUUUGCCCUCAUCCUGUCUGGAUUUGCCUUCUACCUCUACAAACACCGGACGUUGUCUGCUGACACAGAUGACAGUGAGAGACCAAAAGACACCUGGGGGCCUGGCGGCAGAACACGGCCCAAGGUCCAGUUUAACGGCUACGUCGGCCACGAGAGCUCCAAUGGUCAGGCCUCGUUUGAAAACCCAAUGUAUGACACCAACAUGAAGCCCACAGAGGCUAAGGCCGUUCGCUUUGAUACCACACUCAAUACAGUCUGCACUGUGGUAUAGCCCAGAAAGCCCCACGCUGCCUAUACAGUGGUUCAGCCCAAUCUCCAUGCUGCAGGCUGCAAACAACAAAGAACAUACUUAUGGAGCGUCCUCAGCACCGGGAGCAGUCUGUGUUGUAGCACGCUGGUCCGGGUUCUGCGUAAUCGGCACAGUCACGCCGCUGCUCUGCUCCACUUCCUACCUGAGCAACGGUCCAGCUCUCCCUUUGUCUUUCUAAACAAAAAUCAACAAGGGAGUAUCCUCAUCAGAUAGCAUGAAGCUCACUGCUGUGACCACUGCUCUCAUACAAACAGGAGAACGCCGAAGAUAAUAGAAUUAGUUUGACUUCUUCCAAACUGCGCUACUACAGCACCAGUUGGCUUCUGCAAAAAAUGUCCGACCUCUUUGGAAAGGGCUUUGCAUGGUCAGAACCCCCACAGCCCUCUGAUUAGUGGUUUAUCCCAGCCUAAAGCCAGGCCUCCAUUUGCACAGUGGUACACGGCUAGCGCCCCUGCUGCAGGUCAGACGUGGGCUUGUCUAAUGUGAGGUUUGACCCUCAGGGGAAGCACAUAACUACUCCACCCCUCAGCCCCCCUCCAGACGUACAGUAGAAUAGUGAUUAGACAGUUACGUCAUGUCAUCAGGACACCAUCAAUGGUGCUGGACCAAAAACCUUCCACUAGGCUUCCAUCGUGCUGGACUUGACAGCACCCGAGCCUCUGGCUGCUUUGGUGGAAUCUGACAACAAUUGUACGAGCGCAGCCGACGCAGUCGGAGCGAUUUGAUCCAGUACCGCUGCUAGCUACUGGACCACUAGUACUCCAUUAGUAGGAGGAGAGAGGAACUGCUGCGUACACCCUAGGAUCAGGCCCGUCGCAGGUCCUCAUGUUGAAGUGAACAGCCUGGGUGUAAUAUAGCAGGACAAUCACAGUGUCAACUAACUGAGUGGAUAAUUGUCCAGUAGCUUCUGCGAUUGUCUUCACCUUCUGCCAACCACUGCAUUGCCUUUUAGGAUAAAGUCUACCUAUAGUAUUUGGAGGCCAGUUACGCUAAAACAUAUGAACUUAACUAUUUGCAAGUGCAAUUUUCCCAGUUUUAGUACUAGAUACUGUGAACUAGUUCUAGACGAGUGUUGGACAUUUUCAGAUAUUCUCUAGAGGUACUGUACACUUUAAAUGAGUCAAAUACACAAUAUUCCACUAGGCAGACUGCGCUGAACCAGAAAACUAACAUCAACAUCUGAGUUGCCGAUUGGUGGACACAACGGACUGGUUUCCAGAGCCCUGUCUUAACACAAUCAAAGAGUCCGACAACUGACUCUUGUUCUUGGACUGACCAGGAUUCUGUGCUUGUUCACUGAACAAGAGGAAGCCUGGAGGCAAUAAACUGUCAAGAUCGUCGACUGCUGCAAUCAGCUGUGGCCAAAUCCAGGAAUUGAUUUGUCUUCUCGUAACUCUGGUUGGGAUUAGCAGUCGAGUGAUGACUGGUGGGGUUUUUUCUACACUAUGCUCUCCAGCCACAGUAUCAGGAAGAGAUAAACAGACUGACUGACAGUUAUUAGACACACGGACACAGAUAUAUGGAUAGAUAGACAUCUCUGUCAGUCGUGCUGGAAACGAGAGACAAGGACAGGUAACUAUGGAAACAGAGGCAAAUACUUGUCUUUAUUGUCUCUUCUGUCAUUUUUCUUCAGUGAAGAUAUUGAUGAACAGACUCUAUGUUCAAAUCUCCAGUUGCCCCAUGGGACUUCCCAAACCACUGCUACUGGGGACCCCGAAAUAUAAACUUUAUAUAAACUCUUAAACCGCACAAAUUUUGCACUAGUGUGUUUUUCUGACUGGGUUAUGAAAAAAUGAAUAAUUUUUGGGUCUGAAAUGGGUUUGAAAAAUAAGUCAUUCAAAAAAAACGUAAUUUUAUUCAAAAACUUCUAUCUUUAAAAAGAGGAUAAAAACGACAAAAUACAGGGUUACAGAGAGUUUGUAUAUACACAUUUAUAUGUCACACUCUCUGUUAGCAGACAUGUGCGACCACAUGCUCUACCCUUGUUUGUUUAGUUGCCAUGACAACACGCUAGCCUGCCCUGAAGGUUGGGAUCAGUUUGCCCGUGGACCCGGUGUCCUGCCGAGGUCCGACCCGUGGCUCUUUCUGAAAGCUCCUACUGCUGCAGCGAACGGCGCCGACCCGCAGUGCAGACGUGUCGGAGGGGGAUUCGCAAACUUUAAACGGGACUUGACCCCAGUCACCUGAGUGAACCCAGGAUGCUGCAUGUUGUACAGUGAGACGCUGGCGAUGCUUGCAGGCGCCGCAGUGCUACAGCAGCUCACGCUCGGUGCCGCUCCCUCGCAGCAGCAUACGGUACAAGCUUUCACUAGCGCCACGUGGCUGAAUCUCUCGCAUGCUUUAAAAAGAUGUGUUGGAAAUGUCCUUUACUGCUCAUGUCAUCAUGUUUAAGCUUUAUUCACCCAGGAACAGUCAGAGUCAAGGCUGCUGGAGCAAGUAGAGGUGCUGGUGACUGGGGGGCGCGAUGUGUCCAGGACGAUCUUUGAGCCCAUUUUACAUUCAGCGUCUGAUGCCCGCGAUCGUCUUUCAACACACCUUUUUAAAGAGCACAGGAGUCACACAAACAGACACAGGAUGAAGACAACAUGCACAAUUGUUGUUGUCGACCGUUUUCUCUCCCCCCCCUCCAUUGUUUGAGAAAUACCUCGUGUGCAGAGAGUUAAGUUACAUCCUGCUUAUCAAUGCUGGAACCUCACUGCAACAAAUACACAAGCUUAGCGUGUGUGACCUUUCAUUCAACUUAUUUCCCAGUAGUUUAGGUCAGAAUAUUGUACGAACGCCCAUGAGUCUGCAGGAUCCAGGAAAGUUCACCAGUUCACCUGCCAAGCUUGUUAUUUCUUGCAGUGCUCUCUCAAAAUAUUUUUAUUUUUCAGAAGAUGCUGCACUUGGUUUAGAUCACAGAUGUAACUGCUUUCAGUGUGUGUGUGUGUGUGUGUGUGUGUGUGUGUGUGUGUGUGUGUGUGUGUGUGUGUGUGUGUGUGUGUGUGUGUGUCUGUGUGCAUGCGUGCGUGUGUGUGUUUCCUGUUUGUCUCGCACACCAUCGCCCCACUGGCAUUUAGUUUACACUCCAGACAUAUGCUUUACCUUUGUUAUCAUCCAGUUUCAUUCGACUUAGUUCCCCAUCAUGUCACCGUCAUUUAACCCCUAACAAUUUAGUAAAUCACAAAUCCAUUCAUUUGCACAUACGAUAUUUCAAAAUAGGUCAGAGUUCUGGGCCAAACCUACGAUACUCCUCUCUGUUCAAUUGCAAAAAAGCAUUGGCACGAGACGUUGUCACAUCCACAUAUUUUAAAACAAGUCAAAAUAAAUUGACAAGCACAUUUUGGGUUUUAUUUACAUCCUAGCUCAUAAUUAAAAACAAAUCUAUUGUGAACCUCAGUGCUGCAAACCAAAUGUCCUGAAACAAUUGUUGGAUUCAUUAUGCAGGGAUAUCGGUGGUGUAAUGAUCUCCAUUGUUGGCCUGUGGUUCACAGCCUCUGCCUCAGUCAGGCCGACUGCGCAGCCCGCCACAAAUUAAAGAUACGCAUAUGUGUUAAAACACUGGCAGCAUGCAGCAAGACAGAAAACACACAUUUAAGAUCUCUUCACAGGAAUAAACGAGACAUCUGUAAACAACAGUGCAGCGUCUGCUCACAGGAUCAGGAGGCUCCUCUCUUCAUCGCUGGAAUGCGCCCAGCGUCUCUAUUUUAAUUGAUUUAAUUAAUUCAGUUGAGAUUUCCUAUGGAGUCGAGAGUGCAUAAUAGGACUUGAAAAUUAGAGGCUGCGUGGUUUCUACAGGCAUAAAAAAGGUCUAAUUUUUAACAAUUAAUGAUGCAGCUCUGAUCUCCUAGUGUGCGCAAGCAGUAUCGUUUAAACUCACAGUCAUUCUGGUUUAUUCGGGCACGCGAAGCUCCGGCGUACACCAGAAACGCGAAGCAGAGCCUUAAAGGUCAGGGCACAAAGGUCACGAUGAGAUCUCAAGUUGGCAGCAGAUUCCUAAUAUUACAGUACUGCUCUGAGCUUACCAGCAUGAGAGCAGUUGGACUCGGAAGGAGUGUUUCCUCUUUGUGCCAGCUGCACUGUGGCAGCUGUGUUCUGUCAUCUCGAUGCUGUUUCCACCAUGAAGGCGUUUAGUGGAGAGUUUUCAUGCGUGGCUCUACCUUUAUUUGUACAUGAAUGGUGUGGUGUCGGGCCAGGCUCAUUUAAAUCACUAAAGUCUUUUUGUUUACAUGGAAGUUGCAGUCCUGUGGAAACGUUCACUUUAGAUUCUCAUAGCCAGUCGAUUACAGGCUGAGUCACAGUGAAGGUGCUGAGAAGCAGUGAGGAUGCUCCCCUACAGUGAAGUGCUCCAUUACGCUAAUACCACUCUUAUUUAACAUAUAAUAAGAUAUAAAUUUCAAUUCAAUAACGUCUCCAACAGGAUAAUAAGAACAGACCUCUGCAGCGUUGUUUAAACUCCAAAGGAGGCGCUUCUCACCGAGAUAGUUGGAGAUAAUUCAUUUUCUUGACUAUUUAAUUAAAGCUAAACAAAUGCGCUGAUUAAAACGGGAACGACUGCGCCGCUCUGACGUACCUGUGCUUCCCAUCACACACGUCUGUGUAUAGAGAAAAAAGCCUCUUGUGAGUGAAGAUUUCCAUUAAAACUGAAAGUACUGGACUCAUCCUAAUUGUUGAAGUCGUCGAAUGGGGGAAGCUGCUCUUGCUGUAAGUCUGACGCAGGCACUUCUGUCAUUUCGAGACGUUUUCCUACAGUCUGUGGCUCGGCCUUUUAAAAUGAGAAGCAUGUUAUUCAGCUAAACAUCCUGUUUCUCUUCAGACGCCUUUAGAUUUUUGCGGGACAUUCCCUUCGCGGUUUGUGCAGCUGCUUGCACGUUUGCCCCCCGUGUUUCCUCGUCAGCAGUCCUGACUGUGAGGAAGAGUAGCAGCUGGCCACACAUGCAAAAAAAAACUCACUACAAUUUGAAACAUGGUGGUUGCGAGUGCUUGCUUCACUGAGACUUUGGGAAGAAGUUUGGCAAGAAGGUCCACGUUCACUUUCUCUAAAGUGGUACUGUCAGCACUUCCUGUUGAAACAAAGAGCCCUGGUUGCUGGGAGCUAAAAAAAAAGUUCCAGCUAAAAUUAUAAACGUCAGAAUUGGUCUCUUCACAAAGUGUCACACAGCAGAGAUGAGCUUUUCCCCGCAAGUAUUAAGUGGAGAAUAUAUUCACUGGCCACUGUACCGGUUUUAAAUCCAAUCAUCAGCUCUGAGUGUAUAUUUGAAUUACAUGAUCCCAGUCUGGAUUAUUCCGCUGGGAUGCAUUUAUCUGCACUUCAUUAACCGUUCACAGGUUACACCUCUGUCUCAGUUUGGACUGGACAAACCUCUCGUGCCACAUUUUCGGCAUUGAAGCUGGGAGGAGAAUCCACAACCUGAUGUUUAUGAGCUGACUGUGACUUAAUUGCAGCCCUGCACUUCACUCAUUCCAGUAACUGGCGGUUUGUAGCACAUGUUAGAGCUGCUUUCGCAUGUUACAGCGACAGGAUGUGUCCUUAGCGAUGCUGUUAACAUAAACUCACUAAUCGGCCCUUUGUUGCUUUUAAACGUAUACUGAAAAUAUAAUUUAUCAUUUGAAUGAGGUGACGCAGACGCUGCCAUUACCAUCAAUGUUAUUGUUUCAAGCAUCAUAAUCACCGUCAUUAUCACCGCUCACCACCAUCAUGUGCUGCUGAACUUGAAGUAGGUGCAAAAGAAAAAAAUUUUUGUACAGAAAUCUAUUUUUAAUGGAGAAUUUGUAAAAAAACAAAAGAUUAUUAAACAUGCUGUACUUUUUAUGAUCCAUGAUGUAGGUACAACAAACACUUCUGUUCAUUACAGUCAAUGUUUUUACUGUUACACCCUGUAAAAAUCUAUGGCUCAAACUCAAUAUCAAAUAAUCAAAGUGUCAUAUAAUCUCUUUUGUCCAUUGCGGCUGCUUUUACACAGGAACAGAACAUCUAGUGGGACCUGGAGUUAAUGUUCUUCAAGCUUGAAAGACAUGACUGUAAACUGUGUCAUUUCCAACUCCUCUACACCUCAGGCCCAGUCAGCAUCAACUGCAAAACCAUGGCGUUUAAGACGAAGCAAUUUCAGUAGAUCCAGUUACUGUUUUCAUACACUUUUCGAAAUUGGCUGUUGAUACACUGAACCAAAAUGAACAGUGAUGGAAUGAUGCUUAAGACACAUUGUUCUUGUGUAACAGCAGCCUUGUGUGGCUGAUCCUACAACGGUAUUUGGGAGAGGGACGACUUCCACGGCACAAAAGAUUUUGGAUGACUUGACCCCUUUACGGCCCAAAAUGUCACGAGUGUGAACCAGGAGGAGUCUGGUUCUCCUGGUUCACACACUGUGGGUUUACAGUGGGAAAUAAAAGUUCUAGCAUGGGCGACAGCUCCGAGGUAAAUGAGUGAAAGAAUGGAAAAUGACCU